AUGUCUCCUUCGUCUCUCCCAGUCAUCAUCGUCACUGGCGCAUCUCGCGGCAUCGGGCUCAGCACAGUACAAUACCUUCUCAACUCUUCAGCCCUCUCCAGUCCUUCGGUGCCAAAGUGCAACGUAGUGACCCUCUCCCGCUCUCUUCCCGAAGGACUUUCCAGUCUGCAAAAGAAUCACAAAGACCAGCUGGAGUGCGUUCAGGGAGAUGUACUCGACGAGAGUGUCCACGAUAGGCUGGUCAGGACGGCCGUCGACAAGUGGGGAAGGUUGGACGGACUGAUCCUCAAUGCUGGAGUCAUCGAGUUCGGCACCGUAGCAGGCGGAAAGCCUUCGUCCUUUGCCAACCAGAUUGCCAUCAACCUCUCUUCUCUCUUCACCACUCUCCACUAUGCCCUGCCACCGCUCCGCUCCUCGCCUACCGGCCUCGGACGAGUAGUCUUUGUCUCUUCCGGUGCGGCUAUGGGCAACUACGCAGCUUGGGGGCCUUACAAUGCCUCCAAAGCUGGGCUGAACGCCCUGGCUCGCACAGUGGCCAAUGAGGAGAAGGGCAAAGUGGCUGUCUUUUCUAUCCGACCCGGUGUGGUGGAUACGGAGAUGCAGGCGCAGAUCCGCGACCACGGCACCAGCAUGGGUAUGGACGAUGCUGCUGUCGAGAAGUUCACAAGCAUGCAUGCCAAGGGAGAGUUGGUCAAGGCAGAGGAUCCAAGCCAUGUCCUUGCUGCACUCGUAACAAAGGGAGGGCUGGAUGAGCCUAAGACGAAGGAAGGAAAGGGUAUUGGCAGGGAAGGCGCCUUUGUCAGCUGGGACGAAGAUGUGCUCAAAGAGUACAGAAGAGCCUAG